AUGUCUUCACCCAGCGUUUCCUCACCUAUUUCUGAAUCCUCUACAAUAGCGGAAGAGUCAACUCGCACGGUGGCGGACGUAAUAAGGAAAUAUAAGACGGAAGAACCUAUCGAUUAUUUACGAAGACAGGAAUAUUUACAUCUUAAGGAUUCUCAUUUCAAGAUUAUUCGACAAGAAGAGAUUUCCGGUUUCGACUUUCUUGAGACAACAAAAGAAAAAUUUCGCAGUUAUGGUUUGAAAGCUGGUCCUGCUAAAAGACUUGCAGCAUUCGUUGAAAAUCUCGAGCAGAAGAUGAGAAGUUCCUCGUCCCACAAAACUUUGGACGAAUUAAAAAACGUUCUCCGCAAGUAUAAAAUCAACGAUACGGUCGAGAUUAUUGUAUUAAAACUAAUUAUCGCGAGAAUGUAA